AUGACCACAGAAAAGAUCGUCCCGACCGAUCGGGAGCUGCAUAAUAUCGAGCUGAAUAAUCCCGAUGUUGUCGAGCUGACUCGUCAGGCCGAGGAGAGUGAUGCCGCCGAUCGUUUGCUGACGGUCCGACAGGCUCUGGGCAAGUACAAGAAAGCCGUGUUCUGGGCCAUGUUUUUAUCCACUAGUUUGAUUAUGGAGGGCUACGACUUGGUUAUUAUCACGUCGUUUUACGGCCAGACACAAUUUACAAAUCGGUUCGGAGUCGCUGAUCCCACCACUGGCAUCAAAUCUAUCCCUGCAUCCUGGCAAUCCGGUCUCUCCAACUCGGCGGUCGUUGGCCAACUUGCCGGACUUGUCGCUAAUGCAUACACCCAAGAUCGGUUUGGCUGUCGCCCGACUCUGAUGUUUUUCAUGUGCUGGAUGAUGGUCAUGAUCUUCAUUCCUGUCUUUGCGCCCUCGCUGCCAGUUCUGGCCUUUGGAGAGGCAAUGUGUGGUGUUUCAUGGGGUGUGUUCCAGACUCUGUCCACGACCUACGCAUGCGAAGUUGUUCCUACCGUGCUUCGCCCAUAUGUCACUGCCUAUGUCUGUAUGUGCUGGGGAGCUGGUAUUCUUCUUUCCUCUGGCGUGGUCCGAGCUGUCGCGGGUGUAGACGGUGAUCUAGGAUGGAGACUUCCUUUUGCGCUGCAGUGGAUCUGGCCAGUCCCUCUAUUCAUUGGUGCAUACUUCGCUCCCGAGUCUCCCUGGAAUGCAGUCAGGCGAGGCAAAUUGGAUCUCGCAAGAAAGAGUCUGCUGCGGCUUCACCAGGACACGCCGGAGAAGGAGCGUGAGGUAGAUGCUACUCUUGCUUAUAUCAGACAUACUACCGAGCUGGAGAAGGCAGAGACUGCUAACGCGAGCUUUUUGGAAUGUUUCAAGGGACAGAACUUGCGCCGCACUGAAAUUAAUUGUGUUGUAUGGGCAGCUCAGAUCCUUUGUGGAAAUGCUCUUCUCGGAUACUCCGUUGUUUUCCUCGAGGCAGCUGGGUUCUCUGAGCUCCAGGCCUUCGAUGUCAACAUUUCCCUUUCGGCCUGCUAUAUCAUCGGCGGCAUUAUCUGUUGGCUUAUCUUCCCUCAUCUCGGUCGCGCCACCAUCUACAUGGGCGGCAUGGCUUUCAUGUUUGUGUGUCUCAUGGUGAUUGGAGGUCUUGGCUGGGUCGAAUCCAAGUCUGCGCAAAUGGCCAUCGGAGUCUUACUGGUGAUUUCGACUCUAUGUAACAUGAUCACAGUGGGCCCGGCUUGUUAUCCUAUUGUUGCCGAAACACCCUCUGGCCGAUUAAGAUACAAGACGAUUGUCAUUGGCAGGUUUGUCUACAACCUGACUGGUAUUGUCCACAAUAUCAUCACGCCUCGCAUGAUUUCUGCGACCGCGUGGAAUUGGGGCGCCAAGGCUGGAAUCUUCUAUGCUGGAACGAACCUCCUUUGUAACAUCUGGUGUUGGUUCCGCCUCCCAGAAACCAAGGACCGUACCUUUGGUGAAAUUGACUUGCUCUUUGAGAAUCGGGUCCCAGCAAGGAAAUUCAAGUCAACCAAAGUUGAGCAAUUCUCUCAUCAAACGGACAUGAAGAUCAAGUCUGAAUUGGCUGGAGGUCAGGCUGAACAUGUAGAGACCUUCGCCUGA